AUGGUUGAAAAACAAUUACAAAUAGAAGCAUCUAUUAAUUCAACAGGAACUUCAAAUAUAAUGGUUGGAGAGAUUCAACUUUUCCUUCACGAUUAUAAAAGUUUUAAUAUGUUAACUUGUUUGGCAACGUUAACACAAUUGGACAAUGGAAGUGUUGUAGAAAUAAUUCGAAUUGAGAGACAUGAGCGACCUACCAAGCCACAUUCUUUAGUAGUAAACACUUAUGUUACUCCUACUUUUUGUGACUAUUGUGGGGAAAUACUUAUGGGGUUAGUUAAACAAGGACUUCAAUGCCAGUCCUGCAAGUGUAAUUUUCAUAAGAAAUGUGCUUUUGCACCGAGAAAUAAUUGUGCUAAAUCUGAUAUUAUUCCUAGCACGUUUCUAGCUGGAGGUGUUGACCAGCAAUAUUUAACUCAUGAUAAUGACCACCACCAACAACAAUUAAACCAACAAAAUUUGCCGCAACACCCACAAUUUCAAUUACCACAUUCUUUACUAAUUCAUAACUAUAAAAUGCCUACAGUUUGUAAAAUAUGUGAUAAAUUACUUGUUGGGAUUGUUAAACAAGGGUUGCGUUGCCGGGAUUGUAAGGUAAAUGUACACAAAAAAUGUGCCCAUUUACUUCCCUCGAAUUGCCAAAUAACUGCAGAAAAUGCUAUAACACCAAACGUGACAUUUGAACAACAAAAUGCAUCAAAUGAUAUUGAUAUACAACAACAAAUAUCUUCAAAUAAACAGUUACAAUUAAUAGACACAUCGACUGAUGCAAUGAUUCCAUUAGCUCGGUUGCCAGGAUCAGCUUCAAGUCGUUCACAACGUCCAGCAGGUCCAAUGGGACAAAUUGUAUGUGAAGGCUGGCUUAUUCACUUUGUUUUGCAAGAACGUGAUAGGCGUAGACUUCGGCAUUAUUGGAUUCUUUCAAAUGGAAUAAUUAGCCUUUUUAGUGAAUAUAACGAUGGUGUCAAUCCAAAUCGUGUUUUUAAACAAAUCAAUUUGGCGGAGAUAAUAGCUUUGGUGCCGUACGAGGGGCCUUCUCUUGAUCCAAAAUCCCCUCCACACGCAUUCGAAAUUAGAACAACAAAUAAUUUAACUUAUUGUGUCGGGGAAAAUUUGGAGGCUCUCUUACAGGGAGGACCAACAACAGCUCAACAAGUUAACAACAAACUGGCUACUGGAAGUGUUGUUGGUGGUGCUUUAAGUUGGCAACAAUGGUAUCAGGUUGAUUUUUAUUUUUAUCGAGAAGAGCAGAGGAAAACUUUAGGAAAGACUAGGGCUUUAUUAAUCCUUUUAUUUAUUUUGUAUUUAAAUUUUUUAUUUUCGCCAAAAUUAUUUUACACAACGCCAAACUGGCGGAAUGUUCAUUUUAUUUUCUUUAAGUUUUUUUAUUUUUUGGAAAUUUUCUUCAACUAUUUUAAUUUUGUAUUGUUUUUUCUUGUUAUCCUUUCAUUAUUGAUUGAAUACUCAGACAUUGGUACUUUUCCGUUAUUCCUACCCCCUUUUUGCAGUCAGACUUUCACCUUUCCUUAA